GUUUAUUAAGGCGAGUCCACAGAGGGACGGACUCAUAUGGACCAGGAAGCUGAUGGAGACACGGAAGACGAGCUGCUCGCCCUGCAGAGCAUAUUUGGUUUGGAAGAGUUCCUCCGAAAUGAGUCGAAGUCUGCCGGAGAAUUCCGAGUUUCCGUGGAGCUGCCAGCGGGAUUCACUGUACUCCUAAAACACGGUGGAACAAUAAGGCAAUAUGACGUCUCUUUCCUUCCACCCCUGCUUCUGACCUUUGAACUUCCUGGAGAUUACCCGUCCUCCGCCCCUCCCUCCUUCACUCUCACCUGCAGCUGGUUGACUCACCCACAGCUAACGUCCCUGAGUGAUCAGCUCACAGAUCUCUACCAGGCCACUGGGGGCGCUGUGGUGCUCUUCUCCUGGAUCCAGUUUCUGAGAGAGGAAGCCCUGAAGCAGCUGGACAUCCACAAUCUGCUGGAGCUUCCUUCUGACCAGAACCAUUCUUCCUCAGCUGCAGACAGUUCUGAACUUCCUGUGUCUGUUCCGGGCGGACAGGAAGUCGUCCCUCCAAACGAAGACCAAAGAGACUCUGGUCUCUCUUUGACUGCGUCUCAGAUUCUCCUGUCCCAGAUUUUGAUCCAUGAUGCAGAGCAGAAACAAAAGGUGUUUGACGCCACGCCGUUUGACUGCGGUGUGUGUUUCUCGAGCCGGUUCGGGUCCGAAUGUGUGCAGCUGUAUGAGUGCAGCCACAUCUUCUGCCGGACCUGUCUCGACGAGUUCUGGAAAGCCCAGAUUACGGAAGGGAACGUCCGCGGCGUUACCUGUCCUCAGGUAGACUGCUCUGCCACAUCAACACCUGCACAGGUGAAAAGUCUUGUAGGAGAGAAGCUCUUUCACAGAUAUGACCGUCUUCUGCUACAGUCUACCUUGGACAUUAUGCCUGACAUCACAUAUUGUCCUCGGCUUACUUGCGGUUCUGCUGUGAUCUUGGAGAAGUCCAGCCCUGCAGCGAUGUGCUCCGUCUGCAGCUUUGCUUUCUGUGUAGACUGCAAAAGAACGUACCAUGGAACAAGCAAGUGCUACGAAGAACCUGACUUAUCCACAGAGAAGAGUGAAGAACAGCUGAUAGUGUUGUGGAAAAAAACUAUUUCCAAGCAUUGUUCAGAGGGGAUCCAGGCGGUUAUGAAGGAUUAUGCUAAAGGCAGCAAGCAGAGGCGUCACAUCCUGGAAAACAAAUAUGGCCGUAAAUUUUUUGUUUACACCUUUGAAAAGCAAAUUAGCGAAAAAUGGAUAACCACCAACACCAAACCCUGCCCUCACUGCUUCUCCCCAAUACAGAAAGAUGGCGGAUGCACCCACAUGUUUUGCACUUAUUGUAAACGGGAUUUUACGUGGCAGUGACUCUGUAGACUGGACUCUUUAGAACAGACUUUCUCAAACUUUGAACCGCGGCCGCCCCCUAGCGGCCCCCCAGGGACUGCACGUAAAUAACCGUUUCGUUGCCGUGACGUCACCUCGAAGUUCGACGCUACAGCUAGCUUAGCAAAGGAUUGUGUUUAAAAAUAGUAAUUGAUCAAAUCAAACAGGUGGAAAGAAAACAACACCAGGAAUACUUGUAUGCAGAGGUGGGCAGAGUACUAAAAAACUACUGAAGCAAGAGUAGUUCUACUUCCACAUAUUUUUAUUCAAGUAAACAUAAAAAGUAGCCGUUCAAGAAAUUAUUCAAGUAAGAAUAAAAAAGUAUUUGGUAAAAAGUACUGAGGAAAUAAUCAAAUUACCGUUAUUUCAUCUUUGAAAAUGACAUAAUCAGACAGAGAUUUUGGUAUUUUAAGGACGAAAAAGACAAUAAUUCAUAUAAGUAACAAGAAAUAAAAUCAGGCAACAGAAAAAUUUUUCCAAAUCAGUUUCUUUCAAUAAAAAAAAAUUAAAUUUUUUUAACAAAAGCUGCCGGUGUGUCUGUGUCUGGUGAAUGUUUGAUUAAAACAUGUUUAUUUUUCAUUCAGUAGGUAGAAAAUCCAUAAAUUUUACUCAAGCAAGAGCAGAGAUACUGAUUAAUAAAGUUACUUUUACUUCAGUAGAAGUUAAAAGACUCCUAAAAGUAAUAAACCAAAAAAGAUUACUCAGGUAAAAGUAUCUAGUUACUCCCCCGCUCUGUCUGUGUGGUUCAGUAUAGAUUUGAUUCUUUUGAACGGCUCUUUGCCGUUCAGUUUGUUGGUGAGAACUCUUCUUGGUUUUUUACGACUUUGCUUGAUUAUAAUGCUCCACUCGCAUAUUAACAGCUAUUGUUAUUUUUAUUUAAUUAAAAAUAAUUUAAUCAGAAAAUGAAUGCAGCUAAUAAA